UAUCGUGAUUUUAGUUUUAUUAAGCCUUUUUAAAUAUUUUUGACAGAAAUAUUUUUAUCCUUAAAAUUAACUUCGUUAUGGGUCAGUGUAGUUGUAUUGUGAAAUAUAGUAACUAAAACUAAUACAUAUAAUAAUUAAAACCACUGAAUUGAAAUCUGACUCUAUAAUUUUUUUUUUGUAAGUAAGUAUGCACAAAGUAAUUUCAAUCAAAAAUCAAUAAAUUAAUUAACUAUGCAAAUUUGAUACUAUUAAGAUUGUAAGAUAAAAUAAUUUUGAAACAAUUAUUAAUAUAUCUAAAUUCCACUAUCGUUGUUAAACGAAUUUUCACUGGUUAUCGUUAUCAUAUUCAAUAGGCAUUCGCCACUGAUCAACCAGCUGCAAAUCUAAGAUUAUAGUCGAAGAAAUAAUAAUACUUAUUAUCUCUUUUCUAUUUAUACAUCACAUAUAUAUGAGUGUGUUACUGAGAUCGUAGUCACUUUUGCGAAAUACUUCGACGUGGUUAUUGUGUGAUUUGUUAUAAUUUUGAAAUCAAUAUGGAUAAAAUUCAAAACGUAGAAUUCGAUACCGAAAAUAUGAAAAAUUCCAAAGAAAUUCUUGUUCCUGAUAGUUCUCAGGAUUUGAAACUGAACAUGUUUAAUACAUCAAUGAAUCUCUUGUCACAUAUCCUCAUUGGGUCUGUCGUAGGAAUAUCAGUACUGUAUACCUUCAGAGCCGGAAAUAUGGAUGCUACUCGGAUUCACAUUAUUCUAUGUGUGCUCGGGUAUCAACUACUUAUGGCUGAAGCAAUCCUGAGUCUGUCACCACACAACAGCUGGUCAUCGUCUUUGAAACUUGUGUACAAACGUCGAAUACAUUGGGUGCUGCAGAUCUUGGGAUCAGGUCUAGCAAUAGCUGGCAGCUUCAUCAAAAUCCUCGAUAAAGAAAUCCAUUGGAAUAGUCUUCAUGGCCAAUUUGCUCUGGUGGCGUUAGUCUUCACAAGUGUGUCAAUGAUUAACGGCCUCUCAUCCCUCUACGCAUACGAACUCCGUAGAAUCCUCCCCGGCACACUGUCCAAGAUCACUCACAUCUGCUUCGGCACAGUCGCCUUCGUCGCCGCCUCCACCUGCCUUUGCUACGGCUUCGACAAGAAUUCCUUUAGAAGCUGGGCUACUCCAGAAUUAGCCUACAUGUCUAUUGCAUUCACUGCUGCAUUCACUUUCAUUAUUGUAAUCAAUCCUUUAGUCUUAUUUGUUGAUAAAUCUCUAGCUGUUUUAAAACGGUAAAGCCAGUAAAUAAGUUUAUUUAGUGUAAAUAAAUCAUCUGUAAAUUUGGUUAUUCAAUAAUAUGUAUUGAAACGAUUUUGAGUUAGACCAUCCGCUAUACAACUGAGAAAACUGAAGUUGCUGAGUCGAAGUAUGUAAAACAGCGUUAGGUUUUUUUGUCAAUUCACUUUAAGUGUCUAAUCAUAAGUAGUUAUUAUAGACCGACGCAGGACGAAGCGUACGGUGAUUUUCUAAUAUUUGUAAUGAGUAAGUAAAUAGUGAUGUUAUUACCGAUACACAGACAGAAUUAGUAUUUUAGGUAUUAGAUAAUAAUACUUGAUAUAUCGAUAAAUCACAAUCAUCAAAGAUAGCGAGACAGUUAUGUCCAGUUGUGAACGUGUAUCAUGACUUUCAACUAUUCAUUUUAUAUAAGUUUACACCACAUUGUAUAAUAUGCUUUUAUGUAAACAUAGUAACAAAAUCACCAGUACUUAGUAAAUAAUUAGAUUCAUGAUUGGAUAUUUUUGAAAAAUAUUUUUUAUUUCUUAGACUGUUACCAAAAAGAUUCAAGAACUUGUAUUGUUUACCUGUAUUUUGUAAAUAUAUAUUUGGUGCUAAGUUUUAUGGCAUAGAGUUCCGUUUUAGGAGCACUGUUUGUUAUAUAAUACCCAUUAAAAUAUACUUAAGUGUUCUCAAAAUAGUAGUUGUCUGUAGUUCACAAUAUUCCUAACCUUUGAUAAGGCCUGGCCAUGUCCUGUCCUGUCCCGAUAUAUUUUAUAACUUGAAAUAUACUUUUAUGUCAAAAUGUUGCCCGCAUGAUAAAAUACGUACCAAUACUAUUUAGAUGGAAUAUUGUUGUUACUUAACAUAAUACUCACAUAUAAAGUAAAAAUUCACACAGACAUAAUCUGAUUGGUAAUUGAAAAAUUCAUCAAUAAACGUUAAUCAAAAGAAAUAUGUGGUUAAAAGUGCUCUUAUUAAAUUUUACUGCUCUUCUUGACUGAGUCUCGGUAUACAGCUUACACUGCAAUUUCUAAUUUUAGAUUAGGGUGGAACAAUAAUUUAUUUUAUAGAAAAGAAAAAAAAAUUAAAACUUUUUUUUCUUCUUUUAGUUUUAGUAUAACGUAAAAAAUAAGAUUGCUGUGACAUAAAUAAAAAUCUUUAAAUGUUAAAAAAAUAAAGCAUAGAAAGUACCUACCUGUAUUUAUUAUAUUACAUUAUUAUUGUCCGAGCUAGCGAACUUGGGGCAAAAAUAUUUUUUUUGUAUGUAUGUAUGUAUGUUUCUAACACGAUAACUUUCGAACCAUUGGUCUGAAUGUGAUGACAUUUAAAAAGUGUGUAGGAUCUGUCAAUAGAAUUUUAAGUUCGUGGGGCAUCAAAAUCGGUCAAGUAGUUUUUGAAAUAUUUACAAUUUUGUAAAAACUCAUUGUGUUCGCGAAGUUUAAGUUCGCGGCAAACAACUAGUAUUAAAAUAAUCUAACAUUUUAUCACGUGCAAAACACAUGUAUUACCACAAUACGUGUACUAUUUUAAUCUGAAAGUCAAUGAAGCGAAAAACGCUGAUAAAAUACUUACACUUAAGGAUUAUUUCUCAAUAUAGCUAAUCAAUACAGAUUAGAAGUAUAUUAGAUUAAAAUUGAUAGUUGGUCAUGACUUCAAUCUGGUUUUUACUGAAUAAUAAGCUGGCUAGGAAUAUUUUUAGUAAUCCAAUUGUUUAUUUUUUAAUUAUUUUACAACUGUUUUUAGAUGUAGCUUUUAUUUAGAUAUAAAAUUAGUAAAAGUAAUCUUAACGUUGUGAUGAAAUUUUUUAUAGAAAUAUUCUUCUUUUCGUUUCAAUAAUUGAAAUAUUAUAUUAUAAUCAUUGAAAUAUAUAAAAAUUAUGUAAAUAUUUAAACUUAUUUUUAGACAUAUACAAGUAAGCUUUUAUUAUUAUUGAUAUUUUAUAUAAAUCAAAAACUACGUAUAAAAAUUAACUUUCAAUAAAAACGAAUAUAUUUUUUUAUUUCUAUAUAUUUUUGAUGUAUUAUCACUACAUUCACGACUAAUUAAACAUCAUAUUUCAAAUUUCACUGAAGCGAGAA